AUGGACCACGAACAGGCUUUCGCCGAGGAGGCGCAAGAGGAGGCGCUCAUCGCAGAGAACACCCGCAGGCGUCCACAGAUCGACACACACUACGAUGUUGACGAUGCGGAGGACGAGUACCGCGACAAUGAGACGAGCCCCUUGGUGAGCCCGCGUCAGCGCAAACGCCCACAGAGGGAGACAUAUUCAAGAGCCAGGACGAGCUAUGAGAGGGCUAUUCACGAGCCUUGGACUGGCUCACAUCGCGCUGGGGAACAGCCAUGGUGGAAGACACCUUCCAUCUACUGGCUUCUUCCAGCGUUCUUUCCAUUCUGUCUCGCAUUUGGCGGCAUCAUCGUGCCAAAGACAUAUCUCAUUCUCGACCUCAUCUGCCACAAAUACCUUUCUGAUCGAGCGGCCAAAGACCCCAACUUCACAUACCUGCCUGUGAUCUUUGGCGAGGAGAAUGAACAAUGUCGCGACGACCAUGUCCAGGCUCUUGUAGCCAAUUUCAAUCUCUAUAUGAAUCUGUUGUCAGGAAUUUUCUCCGCCAUCGUGGCGCCGCAGCUCGGCGCUCUGUCAGACAGAUAUGGUCGAGUCAAAGUCCUCGUGUGUGCGUCUAUUGGAGGCUUCACAAUGGAAAUCAUCACCAUCAUUAUCGGGCUAAACCCCACGGAAGUGUCUGUCUACUGGAUGCUGCUAGGUGCUUUCUUGGAUGGUAUCUCGGGCUCCUUCACUACCGGCAUGGCUCUGGCCUUUGCGUACGCUUCAGACUGCUCACCCCCGGAGCGCCGAAACGUCGCCUUUGGCUAUUUCCAUGGCACUCUUUUCACCGGCAUCGCGCUGGGCCCGAUGUUGUCUGGUCAACUGAUCAAAAAGACAGGGACAGUCAUGUCAGCCUUCUACCUGGCACUAGCUUGUCAUGUUUUCUACAUUCUCUUCAUCUCACUCGCCGUGCCGGAGUCGCUAUCGAAAGAACGCCAGCUCCUAGCCCGUCAGAAACGCCGUGAAGCGAAAGAAGCAUCUCCUCACAAAGAUCUAACCACCAAGUUGAAGAACUACAAUGUCUUCGAACCCCUAUGGGUGUUGCGCCCACGCGGACCAGGAGCGACCAAGCCCCUCCGCCGCAACCUAUUCGUCCUCGCCGCCAUCGACACCAUGAUGUUUGGCGUGGCGAUGGGCACGAUGCAAAUCGUCCUGAUCUAUGCCGAGUAUCGCUUCGGCUGGAAUGCCGUCACGGCGAGCAUGUAUCUCUCCGCGGUGAACGUCUGCCGAGUGUUAGGACUAGUCCUCCUUCUCCCAACUUUGACACGCAUUUUCCGGGGACCCAUGUCCCAACAAUCCGGCGGACACAAAGGCUCCGACAUGCUCGACAUCAACAUCAUCCGUGGUUCCGUCAUCUUCGAGUUCUUGGGUUACCUUGGAUACGCCUUCACGCCUUCCGGGGCAGUCAUGUUCAUCUCUGGAAUGGUCGCUUCGCUCGGUGGCAUCGGCUCACCGACUCUUCAGUCUUCUCUCACCAAGGCCAUUCCCGCAGACAAAACGGGCCAGAUCUUGGGUGCUUCCGGUCUACUGCACGCGCUAGCAAGAGUCGUCGCGCCAACGGUAUUCAAUCUCAUCUACAUGAAAACCGUCGGCACGUACGCCGGCAUCGUCUUUAUCUGUCUCGCCAGCAUGUUUCUCAUCAUUUUCGCGCUUAGUUUGUUCUUGAAGACUGGCAUCUAUCUUCCUGAUGCCAUUGCCUUGGAACUCAGCGAUGACGAUAGUGAUGCCGAGGUCUCCCCUCACCUGGGUGGACGCUCGGACUAG